AGCAUCCCAGGAGAUUGCUCCUUUCUGACCGAUCUUCAGCAGUUUUGAAUUCUUUCUCAAAGAAAAAAAAAAUCAAGUGUUUUGAAAACUUCAGCUAUGAUCUGUUUCAAAAAUUUUAACAGGAAAAUUUAUGAUGCCUAGCCUGUGUUGUCCUUGUCCAGUUCAACCUCUUUAUGUUUCUGGCUUAGCUUAAAUCAUGUAAGGUUUUUUUUUUCUCUCUCUUUCUGGUAUUUACCCUUCUUUCCCAAUAACUUGUACAGAGUAGCCACUCCCUGUUGCAGCCCCAUCUUCUGACUAAAAAAUUGGAUCUCUUCAUUCAGUCCCAUUUCUGGGGCACUCUGAUAACUUCAUCAAACUCGUAACAUCUGCUCCAGCUGGAGCUCAUCUUCCCUGAUCACAAAGGAGCCUGCUGAUCUCCAAAAGAGGUAUUUUAAGGAAGAACAGUGUUUUACUUACUGAUCUCAUCUAAACAGCAGCAACAUCUCUAGGUGAUGUGACUCCUGUCCCCAUGAAUCCUCUCUUGCAGUCAUGCUCCCUUUCUCUGGCAGAAGGAAUAUGCUGUACCAUAUCGGACAUGAAUGCAGAUCAUGUGAUGGUGACACAGGAAACUUUAGCGCAGCACUUAGAGAAAAAUUAUCCAGGCAUUGCAGUUCCCUCCCACAGUACCUUAUAUAAUAUCCUUGGCACUCUAAUUAAGGAAAGGAAGAUCUAUCAUAGUGGAGAAGGAUACUUCAUUGUGACUCCCAACACGUACUUGAUCACUAAUAAGGCCACAGAAGAAAACAGAAGGGUCCUGCUGGAGGACAGUUGUUGCUGUUCAGCACCUUCCAUCACCUACCUGGUAAACAUUAAGCACUGUGCAAACCUAGUGAAAGAAAACGUUCCUACAGUAUCCUGUUACAGAUCCUGCCAUUGUUUCUCUGUCCAAAAUAUGCUCUGUGAACAAAGGCAUUGGCAGCUAGUGAAUCAUGAACCUAAGGGAAAGGGAAAGAAAGACUGCAGGGAAUUGAAGCCUUCAAUUGAAACUCAAGGGAUCUGCACAUCUGCUGAAAAUCAUGUCUGGGACACCAUCAAAUCCCUGACGUCCAUGAAGGCAAAGCUGAAAAGCAAAAGGUUUGGCCUUGGCCUUUUCUGGAGAAGUUUUUCUAAAAAAGAAAAACACAAGAAGGAGUACUCCACUUUUUCAGCCCAGUUUCCUCCCAGGGAGUGGCCAGUCAGGGAUGAAGAUGACUUGGACAAUAUUCCACGUGACAUUGAACACGAAAUCAUCAAGCGUAUUAACCCUACUCUUACCGUUGAUAACUUGAUUAAACACACCAUAUUAAUGCAGAAACUCGAGGAGCAGAAAAAAUUCAUCAGUAAAGAGAAAAAAUACAUCAGUAAUGGUACCUCAGCUGAAGUGUCAGCAGUCAGGCAAAACCAUCUUUCAAAGGAUUGUAUUCAAAAGGCACGGAGUAAACCAGCAAAACGCACCAGGAAAACCAAAUCAAAGAAAGAGAAGCAGAUCGGCAGAAGCAGCAGGAAAUCUCCUGUACAGGAGCUGACACCCCAACAUGUGCAAGUGGAAGAGAGCCUUUCACUGUCUGCCAGAAACCAAGAGCCCCCUGCUGUAGCAGUGCAGUCCCCUGUGUUCUAUAAGAAGCAGAUUACAAAUCCUUUCCAGGCUCUGCCGUGGAGACGCAGCUUCUACGCUCAGGGGUACCGAGGUGUCAUCAACAGGCACCUGAAGAGCCAGGCAAGGGAGCAAGGAAGGGCUUCACACAGGACACAGCCCUCAGCCUCCUGGAGACCCCCUGGAUACAAAACCCAACAGCUGGCUGACAGAGCCAAGCAAAACCCACCCCAUGCUCACAGGUCCUGCCUCCAGCUCCAGAAAGACAGCUUAAGAGAAAACUGUAGCUGUCUGCAAGGCAGUAAUCUGCAAAUAGACAAUAAAAGUAAACACUUUCUGGAGAGUAAUAUUUCUGAAGAAAACUCCUAUGGAAGAACAUUAAAAAGAAGUCCUGGGGAUAUUAAGAAGUCCACUUGCUUCUACACUGAACAUAGUGGUGUGUGCAAAGAAGAUGCAAAGCUUUCAUUCUGUCUGAAAGAUGAGCAUUGCAGAGGAAAAGCUGACACUGUAGGUGAGUUAUUAGAUCGAACAGCAAAUGAAUUUCAAAAUGUCCAUCUUUCAAAUUAUACAGCCAAUGUUAACCUGGUCCGAAAAAAUGGUGUGAAAUGCAGACAAAAGACUGAUAAAAAGAGUGAGCUCAUAUUUAACUAUGACUGUGCCAGCCAUCACGGGCCAAUGGAGCUGGAAAGAGAGGGAUUUACUGACAACUGCCGCCUUCAGAACCAAAAAGGACACGAUGGGGACACCUGUAAUCAGUUGGGUGACAGUUCUGAGGGCUGUGAGCCAUGUCACCCCCUGCCUCCUGGCCAUGCCUUUUCAGACACAAGAGACUGGAAUGCAGCUGUGUCCCUAAAACCCUGUGAGGUCAGUAACUGUCCCGCCCAGUGCAACACAACUGUAACCACGUGUGACUCUGGAGAACAGGGAUGUAAGGGAAGUGGUAGCUUUGCAGAGUCAACAGAUGGCUUAAAAGAGCACCCCAAACCAGAUUCUGCAGAAGAAAGCUGGUUGUGCAGCCAGGUUCUUCCGAGAGGUCACAGAGAGGCUGAAGGAAUGGGCCUCCCUGUGGCAGGUUCCCACCUCGCUGCCCAGGCUCACUCAGACAAUGACACCGGGCACAACUUCCCCCCUGAGGAGGUUGGAGGAGGAGGAGGAGGAGGAAAAAAAGAGUUGGUUUUUAAGAACACAUGUUCUGUGAUCUCAGGGCAGAAACACUCAGAAGGGACAGAAAGCCCCAGCUUUCUAUCAGGAGACAGUGGAAUUGACUCCCCAGGAUUGACCGAAAAGAAGAUGAAGGUUCCUGACGAAUCUUAAAAGCAUAAAUAAUAAGGUGAAGAGGAGGACAAGCAGAAGGACAAUUGCAACAAAAUUCCUCACUACAUCUAACUCUGGUCAUGAAUACUUGCUUCUUUUUUAAUGAGCUUUGUAAAGUUUCCCUUUGUAACAAGGUAACUGUCUUGUAAAUGCAGUCAGUCACGUCAGUCUCUAAAUCAAAGCUGUUAGUUCAGAGUUUUGACCGUAGUAUUUGGAGAGCUCAUGUGUAUUUUGCUUGCACUCAUCUUUAAUUAUUCUGUGCCCCUGUGAUAAUAAAAAUGAGAACUGGUAUCCUU